UCCCCUCUACAUGAGUGAGCAAGCCAUGGAGGGCAGAGAGGACUUUCCUGCAGAUGCCAGAGUGCUCAGCCAGCCAGAGGCAGGGACCCAGCCUCUCGCAGGCCAAGAAGGAGUUAAUCUCCAAGGAGAACUCGGGCUUCUCCCAGACGAGGCCUGUGCCCAGCUUUGCUGCUGCCAACUCCGGGAAGAAGUCCUGGGAUCUGUAGUCUGUGCCACCACCCACCCCUGGCCUGCCUGUUUAUCAACACAGUCCUGGAGACUACAGUUCCCAGAAACCUGCAGAGGCCAGGCUUUGGGGGGAAGGGGUGGGGUGUGAGGCUCAGUGGUGGCGGGAGAGGGAGGAGGUGGGGAGAGAAAACCCAGUUCACCCCCUUCCUUUCUAAUUCUUCCUCCUCCUGGUGUGUCUGCUCCAGCGCCUGAGUUAAUCCCCCAAAUCCGGUCUCCCAGGCCGCAGCUGCUUCCCUGCGCCGUGAUGAAUGGCUCGGGGAGGGAAGCUCUCAGGUGAGCCCCCGGCCUGGCCUAGGGCAUGCCCCAGUUCACCUUCGCCUGCUUCUGUGGCUUCCACGGCUUCUGCAAGAUGAAGAGGAAGAAGGAGAACGUGCGCAGGGAGCGGGAAACAGCGGUGUGAGCGGGUGCCGGGCCUCGGGCACCUCUGGCUGAGGCUGGUGGCAGCAUCGGCCCUUCUCCACUUGGCCUGACUGCAUCCAAUCCGAGGGCAUCAGUCCAGGCCCCUGGCUUCUAGUCCCUGGAGACCCCCCUGGAGAGGUCCCAGUCACUCCAAGGGAGGCCCAGGACCUUACCAGGAGCCCCGAGAGGCCCCUGGAGAGACACGUCUUCCUGCCCCGAGGCUCCAGGCUCUGCUCAGGGUACCUCUCCCCUGAGACACCUCAGCCUUACUAUUGCUAAUGAGGAAACUGGACACGGUCUGGUCUGCUCGCCCGAGGAGCUCCCCGCAGCGCUGACUCCUCAGGAGGCCACAGCUCGGCUGUGCCCGUUGGACAGAGAGACGAGCCCAUCGGAGCCCAGAGUGGGGUCUCUCCUAGAACCCGCAGCAGUAGCCUCUGUGGUUGUGGGAGAUGAGUCUCUUCCCAGAAUCCCCUGGGCCAGAUGGAGCCAGGCCUGAGGGGCAGGCUGGUUGAGUAGGGUGGCCAGGUGUGUCUCCCUCUUCCCCACACUCCACAGAGCAACCGCCCCUGCAGCCCUGGCCUCUGCCCACUCCCUUCCUUCCGGCUCUACCGGCAGCUCAGGUGGGAGAGCUGUUCCCUAGGCUCCGACACCCCUCAGGGCCUGCCUCCAGGGCAGACUGAGGGGCCCUCUCCCAGACUGAGCCCUGAGCCGUGUGCUCCCUUCCCCUGUCUCUUUGUCUCCCCCACUUGCUUCUCUCAGAAGCCACAGGGGGGACCUGUUUGCAUGGGACGCCUUUAGGGGAAACUCUGGGGGAGGG